UCCGCCCCCUGUACUCGUGUUCCUGCUGUGAGGAGCGCGAGGACGCUCAGCUCGGAUAGCAUCCUCUUCGCGCGCGCGCUCCUGCAUCCGGUCUGUGUCGUGACGUCAUCCUCCUCCAGGUUUGAAGUGCAUUUUGGAUUUCGGGGUAAAAUUGAGCAGCACGAGCUCUGAUGGAGACUGUAGCCCGGACUGCACCACCACCACCACCACCACCACCAUCAUCACCAUCAUCACCAUCAUCAUCAUCAUCACUAUCACUGAAACACGCGCGCAGUGCGACUGUAAAUCACCGUGUGCUGACUCACGGGACCCUGCAGUAGCUGAGUGACUGAUGAUGGUGACUGGAUGUGGAUCCUGAUGUUCAGCACUCAGGCCUGUGAAGUGCCUGUCCUGUGGAGAGAGGACCAAAGAGGAAGAAAGACGUCUCUGCCUCGGACCUGCCUCCAAACUCACGACUUGCAUUAAAGGAAUAAAAGCUAAUAAACCAUCCUUCAGUUCUGCAUACCUUCAUCAUCUUCAAAAAGGGUUUCUCUCUCUCUCCCUUUCUCUCUCUACCCCCCCCUCUCCCCCCCCUCUCCCAUUCUCUCUCUCCCCCUCUCUCUCGGUAUCUCCCUCUCUCUCGGUCUCUCCCUCCCUCUCUUUCUCACGACUGAAGAAUGGCCAGUGAACCCGUCAUCCUCAACGUCUACGACAUGUACUGGAUUAAUGAAUACACGUCUACUCUGGGGAUUGGAGUCUUCCACUCAGGAAUACAGCUGUAUGGCAGAGAAUUUGCGUAUGGAGGUCAUCCAUAUCAUUUCAGUGGUGUGUUUGAGAUUAACCCAGGAAACGCCACUGAGCUCGGAGAGACUUUUAAAUUCAAAGAGGCAAUUGCUUUGGGUACAACAGACUUUACAGAAGAGGAUGUUGAUAAGAUUAUGGAAGAACUGGGCAAAGAAUUUAAAGGAAAUGCAUAUCACCUGAUGCACAAAAACUGCAACCACUUCUCUUCUGCACUGUCUGAGUUGCUGUGUGGGUGUGAGAUCCCACGCUGGGUUAACCGCUUGGCAUAUUUCAGCUCGUGUGUGCCAUUCCUACAGAGCUGCUUACCAAGAGAGUGGCUCACACCAGCCGCCCUGCAGAGCCACAUCAGCAUGCACAGAGAAGACACACACUCUCAUAUACACACAUUUUCACACUCACACACACACUCGCACUCAUACACACACUCAUACACACAUGAUUCCAGCUCCAGUGAUGAGGAGCCAUCAGGGGCAGUGGGAGGAAGAUCACACAGCUGCAGACACACUCGAGUGUGACACACACACACACACACACACACACUACCAUCCUCUGGCUGUAUUUUGCCAUUCUUGUGAAACACUGAACUGUACCAGUGUGCUUUGUGGGUUUUUUUUUACAACCAAUCAGCAACAGGCAUAUGAAGGACAGUUCAGACUGACCAAUCACAAGUCUCCCUUUUACUGUAAACUUGGAUCUCUUUCCAGACUUUUAGACCACUUUUAAUGAUAAAAUAAUUUUUCCAAGGUGAACAUACACAUAAACUGGUUUAUAAGAAAUGAGUUUUUAUACCGUAUUAAUAUCAGCCGAUGACGGAGGGAUUCAAAUAAUCAGAAGUAUAUUUAAGAUUUUUUCGUUUCUUUGUGAAUGUUUGAUUAUUCAGCUGGUUUUGAUUUGACAUGAUCUGCGAUUGCAUCAUUAUAUUUCAUUAAAUUUCAUUCCUCUUUGA